AUUGGGGUCACGUUUGACGCUCGAGGAGUCGAGAGUAGGGCAGCUUUGAGAAAGCAGAACAGAACCUAGUGCAGUGUGUCAGUCAGGCUGGCUUUUCUACACGAUACAGAUAGCGAGUUAAAUUGCUCUAGUAACUAGCUAAUUAAUUAACUUCAUAUACCGACGAGGCCAGAUUAAGGAUUUAUCUGGAAACUGGAAGUUGUCCAAGAUUGCUUGUGAAUGCGCAGGCCAAAGCCACUCGAGACUUUACCACUUGAUUUGGGUAGCAGGAUCCAAGCCAGGCUCCUGAAGGUAGGCUCAGCUAACAGAGCUGAACAUGAACCAAGUAUAGGAGGGGAAAGAUGAUGGCAGGCCAUCAUUUCCACGAGAGCCUCAGAGAGACUCGGGCCCCAUGGUGGUACAACAAUUGGUGGUAUAGGGGUCUCACCUUGCAUUAAGGCACAGAAGAAAAUCGUCGCUAGGAUCCAACUAUGAAGAAUAAAGCUAAUGUGGGACCCGCUGAGGAUAGUGCUCUAAAUGCUAUUUAGCAGGUCUGUCCAGUCCCUAAAGAGAACUGCAGCUGCCUACAACUCCCAACACUCUAUUGCAACAUUUCCCACGGCAACGCAAUGUGGAACAUCAGGUGAUUCCUCAGUGUCCCAUUGACCUUCUUGCUGAUUGAUGUCUGAAGACUUGGACUCCAAGCGCUACCUGUAUUCCACGCUGGAGGAGCGGGAUUCAUUCGGUGAGGAGGCCGCCGCCUGCAGCUCCAUGUCCCAGCUACACCGCAUGAGCGGCUUCGGGGAGGGCCGGGGGCGGGGCGGGGCGGAGCUAGGGCUGGCCUCCGAGGGCAGCGACAGCAGCCAGGACCCGCCCACCUCCCCACACAGCGACAGGAAGAUGGCGCACUCGCUCCACGAGGACGCCGAGAUGAACGGUAGCGGGUCCAGCGGCAGCGGGACAGAGUCCCACGGCAAUGAGUCCCACGGCAACGACUCCAACGGCAACGAGUCGUUGGGCAGCUCCAACGGUAACGGCAAAGACUCGGCACUGCUGGAGUCAUCCGGGAGCAACAAGAGCUCCAAUUCCCACAGCCCGUCCCCCCCCAGCAGCUCCAACGCCUUCAGCCUCCUCAGCGCCAGUUCAGAGCAGGACAACCCCUCCACCAGCGGCUGCAGCAGCGAGCAGUCGGCCAAGGCCAAGACCCAGAAGGAGCUCCGCAAGACCCUGAAGGAGCUGAAGCUACACCUGCCCUCCGAGAAGAGGAACAAGAGCAAGUCCAGCACCCUGAACACCCUGAAGUACGCCCUGCGCUGCGUCAAGCAGGUCAAAGCUAAUGAAGAGUACUACCAGAUGCUGAUGAUCAACGACAGCCAGCCGCCAGGGCUCGAUGUUUCGUCCUACACCAUCAGGGAGAUUGACGGCAUCACCUCAGAGUACACCUUCAAGAACACUCAGGACACCUUUGCGGUGGCCGUGUCCAUGAUCACGGGGAAGAUCGUGUACAUCUCGGACCAGGCUGCCUCCAUCCUCAGCUGCAAGCGAGACGUCUUCAAGAAUGCCAAGUUCGUGGAGUUCCUGUCUCCGCAGGAUGUGAGCGUCUUCUACAGCUUCACCACGCUCUACCGCCUGCCCUCCUGGAGAAUGUGCACGGGCGCAGAGUCCUCUCCAUCUGACUGCAUGCAGGAGAAAUCAUUCUUUUGUCGCAUCAGUGGGGGCCAGAAGCACGGGGGGGACCUGCAGUAUUUCCCAUUCCGCAUGACGCCCUACCUGAUGAAGGUGCAGGAUGCACAGCUUGCGGAGGACCAGUUCUGCUGCCUCCUGCUGGCGGAGAGAGUGCACUCCGGAUAUGAAGCUCCCAGAAUUCCUACGGACAAGCGCAUCUUCACCACCACGCACACGCCCAACUGUGUGUUCCAGGAUGUGGAUGAGAGGGCUGUUCCUCUGCUGGGUUACCUGCCUCAGGAUCUGAUUGGCACCCCAGUGUUGCUGCAUUUGCAUCCCAGCGACCGCCCCCUCAUGCUGGCUGUGCACAGGAAGAUCCUGCAGUACAUGGGCCAGCCGUUUGACCACUCCUCCAUCCGCUUCUGCGCCCGCAACGGCGAGUACGUGACCAUCGACACCAGCUGGUCCAGCUUCGUCAACCCCUGGAGCCGAAAGGUGUCCUUUGUCAUCGGCAGACACAAAGUCCGCAUGGGCCCUGUGAAUGAAGAUGUGUUUGCAGCCCCGGCCUUCACAGGAGGAAAGAUCAUGGACUCUGACAUCCUAGAGAUCACAGAACAGAUUCACAAGCUCCUGCUGCAGCCGGUCCAUAGCAUUGGGUCCAGUGGUUACGGCAGCCUGGGGAGCAACGGGUCUCACGAGCAACUCAUGAGUGUCGCCUCGUCCAGCGAAAGCAACGGCAACAACAACGCCACUGAGGAGGCGCACAAGGCCAAGCCGAGAACGUUCCAGGAGAUCUGUAAAGGUGUCCACAUGCUGAAAUACCAGGGCCAGCAGGUCUAUAUGGCCUCUGCAGCCAGACCAGAGCCCAAGAAGGCCUCUGACACAGAGCACCAGCAGAGAAGCCAGGUGGUUCGGCUCAAGGGCUCCGCCCUCCCUUUGGGGGAGCAGGAGACCAUGGACUGCAUGGAGGACAGGAGCACAGCGCAGGAGGAGCUGGCCUACAAGGGCCAGACCGUCUACUCCUACCAGCAGAUCAGCUGCCUGGACAGUGUCAUCAGGUACCUGGAGAGCUGUAACCUCCCUAUCACGGUGAAGAGGAAGUGCCAGUCGUCCUCCAACACCACCUCCUCCAACUCUGAUGAGGACAAGCAGAAAGAGGCAGAGAAUGGCAUGCAGAAGGCUGAAGGACCCCUCCUGUCGGAGACCAUGGCUGACCUGCCCUCUAUGAAGGCCCCCAAGAAACCGGCUGGCGCAGCGGUGGUGGGCGCGUCCCUGGCACCCCUGGCGCUGCCCAGUAAGGCGGAGAGCGUGGUGUCCAUCACCAGCCAGUGCAGCUACAGCAGCACCAUCGUCCACGUCGGAGACAAGAAACCCCAGCCAGAAUCAGAGAUCAUUGAGGAUGCGGCAGAAAGCCUGGCUCCCUCGGCUCCGCCCCCGAGCAUCGUGUCUCCGCCCAGCCAGGAGAAGGAGGCCUAUAAGAAGCUGGGUCUGACCAAGCAGGUGCUGGCGGCCCACACGCAGAAGGAGGAGCAGGCCUUCCUCAGCCGCUGCCGGGAGCAGCGGGACGCGCAGGCCUUCCAGGCUGACUGCUCCCUGUACCUGGGCCGGCACCGCGGCCUGCCUGCUGCUCACGCUCUGCCCACCACUCGCGGGCCCAAGCCAGGGGGCCACGGGGCGGAGCCCGUCGCCAGGAGGGGCGGCCGCAACAAGAAGGCCAAGAAAGCGCGGGUGAAGAAGCACGAGUCCUCGGACAGCACGGCCUCCCACAGGACCCCGCCCCAGCGCCCGCCCCUGCAGGGCCUCAACCAGACGUCCUGGUCUCCCUCGGACACCUCCCAGUCCACCUUCCCCAUCCCGUACCCCGCGGUCGUGCCCGCCUACCCGCUGCCCGUGUACCCGGGGUCCGGGGCGGUGCCUCCCAGACCCGGCGCAGCGCUGCCCGGUUUCGGGGACGGCCCGGGCGGGCAGGCGCCCCCCUACUCCGCGCCGCUGGUCCCGCCCAUGCUGGCCUUCGUCCUGCCCAACUACGUGUUCCCCCAGAUGGGCAGCGCCCCGCAACAGCCCUUCUACCCGGAGCAGGCCCCCUUCCCCCCGCAGCCCCCCUACCCCGUCCAGGCCCAGUUCGUGCCCCGGGCCCCGUUCCCGGCCGAGCCGUUCGCCCAGCCCUUCGGGGAGACGCGGGAGGGCCCGUCGCGCUCCUCCACGCCCCUGUCGGGGGGCGCCCGGGACCGGGCCUCGCCCCCGCUCUUCGAGUCGCGCUGCAGCUCGCCGCUGCAGCUCAACCUCCUGCAGCUGGAGGAGACGGCCCGCUCCGUGGAGCGGCAGGACAGCGCGGCGCUCCCUGCUGGAGCCCCGGGGAACAGCGGCGAGGACAAGGCCUCCGCCUGCGGCUCUGCCAAACCCAGCAAGGAGCUGCAGCAGCGGUCGCUUGGUCGCCCUGGUCUGGUAAAGGCGUGUGGAGGGCCUGGCUGUGGUCCCGCUGCGCGGGCGUCCUUAAAUUCCGAGGACACUCGCAGGGCUGUGGGUUUAUCGAGGUUAAAGUCGGAGGAAAGCCUGGCUCGGAGUAAAGGCUGCUGUAGACUCGGCCUUUGCGCUGAUGAGAUGAGCUCCCCUGGCGAGGGUCCGAACAGCGACGCCCACUCGUCCUCCAGCGACCUGCUGGACAUCUUGCUCCAGGAGGACUCCCGCUCCGGCACGGGCUCCGCCACCUCCGGCUCUCUGGGCUCCGGCUCCAACGGCUGCGGCACCUCCGCUAGCGGCACCUCGGCCAGCGGCACCUCGGCCAGCGGUGUAGGGAGCUGCCAAACCAGCAACACCAGCAAAUACUUUGGCAGCAUCGACUCCUCCGAGAACAACCACAAGGCCAAGGCGCACGUUGGGGCCAAGGUGGAGGAGAACAAGCACUUCAAGUGCGUGCUGCAGGAGCCCAUCUGGCUGCUUAUGGCCAAUGCAGAUGAGUCUGUCAUGAUGACCUACCAGCUCCCCUCACGGGAUGUGCAGAAGGUCCUGAAGGAGGACCGGGAGAGGCUGCGGCAGAUGCAGAAGAGCCAGCCGCACUUCAGCGAGGAGCAGAAGAAGGAGCUGUGCGAGGUGCACCCCUGGAUGAGGAGAGGGGGCCUCCCCAAAGUCCUCGACGUCAAGGAGUGUUUGUGCUGUAAGGACGACGCCUCAGCCGCGAUCAAGGAGGAUCUGCCGGACACGGAGCUGGGAGCCCUGGGGGAUGUCCACGAGGACGGUGCCGCCCAGAAAGACGGCGAGCAGCCCCUGCAGGCGGACGCCUGUCCCAGCCUGGGCCCUGUUCUAUAGAGCCACUUCGGCCGGCCGCCCUGGACUGAUCUCCCCUCACGCGUACCUUCACCUGCCCAUGCACCCGUGCUUAGCUCAGGAGGGCUCACGCAUUCGCAUGCACAAUCAGCCUUAGCUGUGAAGCUGUGGCAGUCCGAAGCUCUGCUCUCACACUUCUCAUCUUUACUUUGACCUUGUUGCCCAUCAGCGGGCGUGUUAUGAAGAAUGUUCAGGUUCUCCUGCUGACACUGAGACUGUGAGACUGUGUCUGUGGACACACCUGAGCCCAGCCGGUCUCAGCGUGUCCAGGCUACUGCAGUCUGCCUCCUGUCCGCUGCACCUGGUGCUCCUGGUGCCUUUCGAGAAGCUGGAACUGGAGUGGACGCGCGUUCAGCUUGAACUGUUGAGGAAAGCCGGGUCCAUCAGAACCAUGUCUGUGUCUGUCUGUUGGUCAUGCGAGUAGUAGCAUCGUGGAACCGACUGACGUUUGGUCACAAUGUAAUAGCUGCAAACUAGAUCUCCUCACUGACUGAAAUACCCUCUUGGAAACUUCUGACAGAUGGUUACAGUAUGCCUGAUUCCUUAUGUGAUAUUUUUUAUUUAUGAACAUAUUUGAUAAAAUUAUUUUUAUUGAACACCUCAAAAGUUGACGUACAAAGUUUACUUUCUCACCACUACCUAGAACCUCCAAGAUAUGAACACCUUAGAAAUGUUUGCACCUUUGAAAGUGGCAUGAAAAUACACCAGUUUUAAAGGGUAAGCACCAGAUAUUAUAAAUUAUACCAGCCAAAUGGAAGAAGUUUGUUCUAUUCUAUGAUUCGCAACAUAAUUUUAUCUGAAUAAAUGCAAGAUAAAUGCAGCUUGCCAACAUUGGAAAGUUAGCAAUCUUGUUCCAAGUAGGUCGAAGUCAGUGCGUAAUGAUACCUGCACUAACAACAAUUUCAGCUUAAUUUAAUGAAAAACCUCCUGAAUAAAAAGAAUUGGUCUAAUAUUUUGGGGGGGAGGUUGUUAUGUGAUGCUUACCCUUUAAGAAUCUGAAUCCUUUUUACUUGCAUUAUGACAGCCUUGUUUCUUUAAAUGGGCUGCUCAGUUUGGUCAGAAACUUUGUAAUUAAACAUAUAUUCAAUGUGAAUUAGUAACCAGAAAUCAGGAUCUCAUUCAAACAUAAGUCCCUUUCUUUGGCCUUUUACAUUAACUGUCUGAAUUCUGUUCAUCUUCAUAUCAAACACAGUUGAUGUAAAGAGGAACCACAUUGUAUUUUUGGUAUUAGUGCAAAAACAUGCUAUUUUUCCCAUUUUAAAAGUUCUAUGAACUUAUAUCAAUGGUAUGUCUCCUUUGUUUAAGGCUCAGCUUUUUGCAGUGAUAAUUUAUAUUAUAUGUAAAUGUGUAUGUAAUUAUAUAUAAUUUAUAUUAUCACUGCUGAUUGAUAAGGCAUAAUUGCAUAUUCUAGGGUCCAGGUUUAUACCCUGUCCCGGUGAGUGGUCAGUGUGUUUUUUGGUUGAAGUUCAUAUCUUUGAAGUCCUACUGUAUAUUGAAGAUCUAAAGAUCUUUACAUGCAAGUUACCUCUUCUAGCUGUAUUUUUCACAAAGCGGAGAUAAUUAAAACAGGAUUAAGAAAUGUAUUUAUUACAGUGUUUUCUUUAUUACCAUAAAGAACUAGACACCCUAACAAUGUACUUGUUUCCUUUGAAAAAAACUGCAGAAAUAGGCCAGUGCAAAGUGAAACUGCCAGGACCAAGAGAUUGUAUCUUCAUUUUUUGUUCUGCUUUUUUGCCCAUUGUCAACAUGAAAAGCUGGUGUCUCACUGGGACCUCUUCUGUAACACCUGUCACUGUAGAGGACUCUCCUCAAAAGCUGCAAACAAUACUGUUCCAACACCCUGUGUCUGUGCAGGAUUCUCUGUGAUGUUUGAGUGUGGGGCAAUGGCUCGAUUCCAGAACGUUCCACACGGAAGUAAUGUCUUAAUUGUUUUGUCAUCAUGUAAAGGUCCGUGAACUGGACAGCAAAACUUAAUGUAUGCGCACCGGAAGCACGACAAAGAAUUCACAGUUAUCAUUCGGUGCAAAAAGACAUUCCAGUGCCCUACAACUGUUCUGUGUUUUUAUGUUUCUGAUAUUUUGUGUCUGCCAAUGUGAGAACUUGUGGUGUGUUAGCAUUGUUUUUUUAAACAUAAAAUGUGAGAAUAGUAAUAUUAUAAUGUAAUAAAACUUUUUAAGUAAAUACAGAA